AGCGCUGGAAUCUCCCCUCUCAUACUCCGUUCCCUGUGAAAGAAACGAGAGCCAGUAUCAUCUUUCCAAAUCCCGUCUUUCUCUACUCCGUUGCGAUACGGUUCCGGUGCUGUAUAGCUUUGUUGAUUGCGUGGUUGUCGCCGCACUUGCCAGUGGACUCACUUUAAGGGAUUUUUUCCUCCCCCGGAGUCUCGGACCCGUCGCCUUGGUCGAUAUUUUGACGCUCACGCCACUCACUUCACCAUCCUUUUAUUAUCGGCUCCCACCGCGAUUCCCCGCUACUCGUCCAAAGGCGUUCGUCGCAUUUGCAGUGUCUGUGGUUACCCUUCCUCGCCCACUUGCAGCAUCUUUGCCUCAGUCCCUUCGAGUAUCUAGCUGUACAUCCGCCAUGCCUGGAAAAGUACUCCCCGUGUUCACCCCGGCCGAGAUCGAACUCCAUAACAACGCCAAGUCAUGCUAUGUGACGUUGGGAUCCAAGGUUUACGAUGUCACUGAGUUUGUGGACGGUCACCCCGGGGGUGAGGACCUCGUCCUUGAGUAUGCCGGCAAAGACGUAACUGAAAUCUUGCGCGACGAGUCCUCCCACGUCCACUCCGACUCGGCUUAUGAAAUACUGGAGGAGUGCCAUAUCGGCUUUGUGGCUUCUGAAUUCAAUGGGAAGGCUCGAACGGUUGAUGCAUCACAAACACAGCAAGUGGCGAAUGGGUCUGGAGCAGUCUAUGCCACGACCGGGAUGUCCUGUGAAGAAGACCUGUCUGUCGAUACAGACUACACCCAAGACUUCCAGACGCACAAGUUCCUCGACCUCAGCAAGCCCCUUCUCAAACAACUUUGGUUUAGUGGCUUCAGCAAAGAAUUCUAUCUUGAACAGAUCCAUCGCCCGCGUCACUACAAAGGAGGGGAGUCUGCGCCCUUGUUCGGCAACUUUCUGGAGCCACUCAGCAAGACCGCAUGGUAUGUCGUCCCCAUCAUGUGGCUCCCACCUGUCGCCUACGGCACCUUUGUUGGGUUUUCGGGGCUUGCGAAUGCGCCUGCUGCUGCUGGAUACUGGGUCGGUGGGCUCUUCCUUUGGACUCUAAUCGAGUAUCUGAUGCAUCGAUUCCUGUUCCACAUUGAUCACUAUCUUCCCGACAAUCGUGUUGGACUGACUCUCCACUUCUUGCUCCACGGUAUUCAUCACUACUUGCCGAUGGACAAGUAUCGCUUGGUCAUGCCCCCAACUCUUUUUGUUGUAUUGGCAACGCCAUUCUGGAAGCUUGCUCAUGCUGUCUUCUUCUACAAUUGGUAUGCUGCUUUGACAGUGUACUGUGGCGGUAUCUUCGGCUAUAUCUGUUACGACAUGACCCACUACUUCCUUCAUCACCGCAAUCUUCCCAUGUACUACAAGCAACUUAAGAAGUAUCACCUUCAGCACCACUUCGCAGACUUUGACAAUGGCUUUGGUGUCACCAGCCGCUUCUGGGAUCAGGUGUUUGGCACGGAGCUGGAGACUCCUGCCCUCAAGGGUGCGAAGGCCCUGUGAAUAAGCCAAUGCUAUACUCUAGAGUGGCUGGCUCUCUUCAUGGGCCCUGACAUGAGCUCAUUGCUCCUUUUAUUGACUCUGUGACAUACGAAGUAAUGCCGUGGUCGUGUGCUGUCCCUAAUGUCGCUGUGCUCAGGAGUUGGUUUACUUUUUGAUUCUUCGUCACUUUGCUUCGUGUACAGAUUUGCCAUGGACCAGAGCAGUGGAAAACGUCUUUUGUAAGGCGAAUGACCAUGACUCGUAGGUCGACCGGCGGUGGUAUUAUUACAUAGAUUUUCUACGAUUGUAUAUGAUAACCUAAUACAUAAUCCCUCUCUUCGAAUCUCGUUUCCUCUGUCAAUUCAGCCCAAAUAGCCUUGAAGCACUUUAGGGACAUUCCUUAACACUUUUCACGGA